ACACAAACAUAAACUACAACGAGUCACACAGUCAACAGGCCCUCUCUCUCUCUUAAUUACCUUCUCAAGCUUGGAAUCUCUCUCUCUCUCUCUAGCUAUCCCUUUCUUUAAUGACAAUGUCUCUGACUACUGACUGUGAUCUCCACCUCAUUAACACCCUCUUCUCUUCUUCCUCUUCUUCUUGUUUGCUUCUCGUGUCUCCAGAGUCUAUAAUACCAUGAGCUUUGCCUCACUUGAUCAAGCUGGUCACCACUCACCACCGCCUCUAAACUAGACUAAACUAAAACACCCCAGAAAAGAGAAACACCAAAUUUGAUCUGUUUGUCAAUAAUAACAAUGACAUUGAAGCACUUUGAGUUAUUUUUGUUUGUGUCUGUGAUUAAAGUUCUGAUCUUGCUUGUUCAAUGUACCACUGAUGCUAAUGAUGUUCAAGCUCUACAAGUUAUGUACACAUCGCUGAAUAGUCCUUCACAGCUAACCAAUUGGAAAAGUAAUGGUGGGGAUCCAUGUGCAGAGUCAUGGAAAGGGAUCACUUGUGAAGGGUCAGCUGUUGUUUCCAUUCAGAUAUCUGGGUUAGGACUUGACGGGACAAUGGGAUACUUGCUUGCAAACCUCAUGUCAUUGAGGACAUUAGAUCUAAGUGACAACCACCUUCGUGAUUCAUUCCCAUAUCAGUUACCACCGAAUCUUACAAGCUUAAAUCUUGCCAAAAACAACUUGAGUGGGAAUAUUCCUUAUUCGAUGUCUAGCAUGGUUUCUCUUAAUUAUCUAAACAUAAGCCGCAAUUCACUUGCCCAAUCAAUUGGAGAUGUUUUCCUUAAUCUUUCUCUCCUCGCAACCAUGGAUCUCUCUUUUAACAGCUUUAGUGGAGAUCUUCCCAGUUCUUUUAAUUCGUUGUCCAAUCUUUCUACACUCAAUGUUCAGAACAAUCAACUGACUGGCUCUCUUAAUGUUCUUACUGGUUUGCCUUUGACAACUCUAAAUGUUGCAAACAAUAACUUUAGUGGAUGGAUACCUCAAGAACUUAGUUUAAUCCCAAACUUUAUAUACGAUGGAAAUUCUUUUGACAAUGGUCCUUCUCCACCUCCGCCACCUUAUACCCCACCACCUCCUGGUAAAUCUCACAGAAACCGUACUCAUCCAGGAUCUGGUGCACCUGUCACCCCUUCUUCUGAUGGUCAACCAGAACAGUCAGAUAAGGGAAUUUCAGUGGGAGCUAUUGUAGGUGUAGCCCUGGGUUCUGUUGUUCUGGUUCUCAUUGCACUACUUGCUCUUGUCUUUUGCAUUAAGAAGCACAAAAGCAAGGAAAUUGGUCCUCUAGCUACCCGGGGAAGUCGUCCUGCUGAUACAGAUGACAUUGAUAGAGAUAUGCAAGAGUCAAGGGUGAAAAACAUGGCUGCUGUUACGGAUCUGAAGCCCCCACCUGCUGAGAAAUUGGUGGUUGAGAGAUUACAAGGGAAUUCUGGAUCCAUAAAAAGAAUGAAGUCACCCAUCACUGCCACUUCAUACAGUGUUGCUUCUCUACAAACAGCAACAAGUAGCUUUAGUCAAGAGUUUCUAAUUGGUGAAGGUUCUCUUGGUCGUGUUUACAGAGGAGAGUUUCCUAAUGGAAAGAUGAUGGCUGUUAAGAAGAUCGACAAUGCAGCAUUGUCGUUACAGGAGGAAGACAACUUUCUUGAAGCUGUUUCAAAUAUGUCACACUUGAGGCACCCAAACAUUGUUUCCCUAGUAGGAUACUGUGUGGAGCAUGGGCAACGACUCUUGGUUUAUGAAUAUAUAGCAAAUGGGAGUGUGCAUGAUAUACUGCACUUUGCUGAUGAUGGCAGCAAGACAUUAUCUUGGAAUGCACGUGUUAGAGUAGCACUUGGCACUGCCCGUGCUUUAGAGUACUUGCAUGAAGUCUGCUUGCCUUCUGUUGUACAUAGAAACUUGAAGUCGGCAAAUAUUUUACUUGAUGAAGAACUUAAUCCCCACUUGUCAGACUGUGGUUUGGCUGCUCUGACACCAAACACAGAGAGACAGGUUUCAACACAGAUGGUUGGUUCAUUUGGUUAUAGUGCUCCUGAAUUUGCUCUGUCAGGAAUAUACACUGUAAAAAGUGAUGUCUACAGCUUUGGGGUGGUAAUGCUAGAGCUAUUGACUGGUCGGAAGCCACUGGACAGUUCGAGGGUGAGAUCAGAGCAGUCACUUGUUAGAUGGGCUACUCCUCAACUGCAUGAUAUUGAUGCCUUGGCAAAAAUGGUUGAUCCUACCUUAAAUGGCAUUUAUCCUGCAAAGUCUCUUUCACGUUUCGCUGACAUCAUUGCCCUCUGUGUCCAGCCGGAACCUGAGUUUCGCCCUCCCAUGUCUGAAGUUGUGCAAGCAUUGGUACGACUAGUGCAAAGGGCCAGUGUGGUCAAGAGGCGAUCCAGUGACGAGUCAGGAUUUGCAUAUAGAACCCCCGAUCAUGAGGCAAUAGAUUCAUCUUUUUGAGAGUCUUGGCCCAUCUUGAACUUGGAAAUGAAGCUUCCGAUUUUGCAUACAACCAUACAAAGAUCGAUGGAUGACCAAAACACGCACAGAUAAAGAGGAAAGAGGCUACAAAGCUAUAAAAUCAGAUCAGAUAGAUAUGUAAUUAUGCCCGAAGCAUUGUGAGAUGCAUGCAUUUAACUUCAUCUUUGGCUGUAAGUGAUUUAAUACUGUAUUCCAGUUGCAUACAUUUAACUUCAUCUUUAGCUGUAAAUGAUUAAAUCCUGUAUUCCAAAAUCUUUUUCCAUAUGUUGCUGUAACAUUCAAUAUAUAAUGCGGCCUAAUAAAAGAUUUUUCACUUGAUC